AUGGAUGACAUAUCAUGUAUUCAUGAUACCGUGGAGGAUGAAUAUAGCUUCUAUGAACACAUUGAUAAGUAUCUAGAAUAUGAAGGAUCCUAUAACCCUGAUAGGAAUUAUAAUAUAUAUAAUGAAAUAUGCGCAUCAAUUGGAUUAAACCUCUAUAUAAAUUUUCAUUGUUUAAUUGAAGAAAUUAUAAAAACAACGUCUACAUUAAAUAACACCUCAGAUAUGGCAUACAUAAACUAUUGGAUAAAUUAUGAAUUAUAUAAGAUUAAUGCCAACAUUUAUCCAAUAUCAUUACACAGAAAUAUGAAGAUCACGGAUAGUAUAAAUGAUACCUUGAGGGAAUUAGAUGGAAAAUUGGCUUGUAUAAAAAGAGAAGAGUUAAUAAAUAUGAAGGAAUUAUUUGAUUUAUACAGAAAUUGUAUUCACAUUAUAAAUGCAACAACUGGUCAUGUUGUUAACGAAGAAUUCUUAAAGCAUGAAAUUAAGCAGUGUGUUGAUAAACAUCAAAAAAUUGAAGAAAAUUGUCCUAAAAAUAUGGCACCUUUUUGUAAAGCACUUAGUGCCUUCAAAGAAAAAUAUGAUAAAAUUGAUUAA